AUGUGUAUGAUUGAUGCUCGAUAUCCCAAUUUUCAAUGUGCCAAUGGAGUCAUCAUCGACUCUCGGCAACUGUGUGAUAACAAAUAUGAUUGCCUCGAUGGCGCGGAUGAGUUGGAAAUCCAUUGUCAAUAUACUGAAAACUGGGUACCGAAGUCGCCAGUUACCUGUGAAGAGCCCAAAGUAAAUGGAUUAAGAUUUAAAGGCUUCACUAAUUUAUAUUCCUAUGAGGAAAAUAAUAAAACUCAUUAUUUUGUGUAUGCUAAUGGAGCAGUUGAAUUCAAGUGCGACGAUCCUAACAAAACAUUGAAAGGUAUAAAGUGGAAUGUGUGCACGAUCGAUGGAAAUGGAAGAUGGUUACAUGAAUUACCAAAGUGUGAAAAUGCGACACGUCCCAAUACAACACCAAAAACGAAUGGAGCCCUUGGGUGCCAAAUAGAUACAUAUGAUGACAAUUCAGAUAAUUUGCGUAUUUUGGGAUGUCAAGACGGAGGAAGAAAUUGUACAAGGAGCCUGCAACCACCCAUAAAUAACAUACGCGUUAAGUUUGAAUGUUCAAACAACUAUGUUUUAUUCCCAGAAAUUAUUCGUGAUAGAACAUUUGAGUGCCGCAAUAAUACAUGGGACUACUUCAGUAAUUACAGCAAUCCAAGUUGCCGAAAAAUGUGCAGCACUAAAGAAUUGUUUUGUGAGGACACGAUGAUACCAAUGUGCCACUCAAAGGAUCAAAGCUAUAUGAAUUGCGAAUCGAAGAACGGUUGGCUACCUGGAACUACAGUUACUUUUUAUUGUUUGAGUGGAUACAGAUCAAAUGAUCAGAAGCUUAGUUCAGAGUGCCUUAACGAUGGAACUUGGAAAACUACUGGUGAUAGAAGAAACUAUUGUUCUGCAUAUUGCGGGCAUGUUGAAGGCCGAGCCUAUUUAGCUACAAGAGUCAAUUCCUUUAUGAGAGCUUCAUGGUCUGUUGCUAUUUAUUACAAAAGCAUUUCAGAAUUAGAGUACAUUUGUGGUGGUGCUCUAAUUCGGCAUAAUCUCGCAUUGACUGCAGCUCAUUGCGUUAAUGAUGUUGUGAAUAAUGAAACACAUAAUUUUUAUGUGGUGCCAGUAACUAACACCACAAGAUUCGUGAGAAGAGGGGAUCGAGGUGCUUGGUUAGUUAAAGCGAUAAUAAUAAAUCCGUAA